CCCGCAAUGCAGCUGCCCGCGGUCCGAUUAGUGUGGCUCGGUCGGGCUCCUUACUCCGAGCUGCUGGCACUGCAGGAGCAAUGGCUACGACGGCUACAGGCUAACCCUCGCCCGGAGGCCCCUUCGGGGACCGAGGCGGGCGCGCUCUUGCUCUGUGAGCCAGCGGGGCCCGUGUACACGGGCGGACUACGCGGCGGCCUGACGCCGGAGGAGACUACGCGGCUAAGGGCCUUGGGCGCAGAGGUGCGUGCCACCGGCCGUGGCGGCCUGGCCACUUUCCACGGCCCGGGCCAACUGCUUUGCCACCCUGUGCUUGACCUGCGGCACUUAGGCCUGCGCCUGCGCACCCACGUGGCGGCGCUGGAGGCGUGCGCCAUGCGCCUGUGCGAGCUCCGGGGCCUGCCGGGAGCCCGCGCGCGGCCGCCACCCUACACCGGUGUCUGGCUGGGCGAGCGCAAAAUCUGCGCGAUCGGAGUCCGCUGUGGAAGGCACAUCACAUCCCACGGCCUGGCUCUGAACUGUUCUACAGACCUCACUUGGUUUGAGCACAUUGUGCCCUGUGGACUGGUUGGGAUGGGAGUCACUUCCCUGAGUGAGGCACUCCAGAGACUCGUCACUGUGGAUGAAGUAAUACCAUCUUUCCUUGUGGCCUUCCAGGAGACUUUCAAGUGCACGUUAAUCUCUGAGGACCCCAGCUGAUGGGCACUCACUCAUCUUAGCUCAGGGGUCUUGGCUGGGAGAUAGCUCCUAGUUUGACUGGAGACUCAGAACCCGAUUCUAGAAGGGCUCUGUGAUUUACUGACCAUGACCAAGGACAGACCCUGAGCCCUGAACUGUUGUUUCCUGUAUCUCCCCUCCUAUCUCAGGUGUCACCAUGAAAACACUAUGAAAAGUCACAUGCUACAUAAAGCACCCCCGUGGCUGUUAACACAUAUUCCUCCGCUUGGAGACACUCCAGUGUUAUAAAGUGUUAUUUCUUAAUUAAUCGUUCCUUUCUCCGUGCUGUAUAUAACAGCAUUUUUUUGGUCUGCAGGUCUUUUGAGUUCUGUGGGAAUCAAAUCUCUAUGACCCAGGUGAAAAGGAUGUGAUGAUUAUUCUCAAAAGACCUGGGUCUGUCUUCAAUAAAGGUGAAAGACUCUUCAAAAAAAUAAAAUGAGAUUUUUGCCUUUCUGGGUUGAAUCUCUCAAGUUUGAUAAUUUACCUGGUUUUGCUUGGGGUCAACAGAGAUGGGCUUGAAGCUAUGGAAAAGACAAGGGCUAAUUCUUCCUUGUGUACAAAUGCUAUAA